GAAAGGAAAAAACAAAAAAUCAGGGACGAAGAAGACAGAUAUAAACUGGUGGCAUAUAUUUGACCAUGUGUUUUCCGGCUCAUCAAAUUUCUGUAUUAAUGAAGAGUUCAAAAUAGUCGGGCUCGUAUCAUGGCCGCAUGGAUCUUUCGAUUUCUAGUUAAAAGGCCAAAACUAUGUUUCGGUAAGAAAUCUUCUUACUAUGUUUUUUCGGUGUGUGUGUGUAUGUGUGUGAAUCUAUCUUGUUUAAUACACAUGUCAAUAAUUUUCUUGUCUUUUGAAUUCUACCGGUAGGUAUAACGCUUGGAGCGCAUUUCAUCUUAUUAUUGGUAACUGGUUCGUUGUAUCUCUCUGGUUAUGACAUCUUGCCGGCCGAUUUUACCCAAGUUCCUUUGAAUCUCGAGGAUGAUGUGACUAAACUUCGUGCGGAUGCAUGGAAAUUCGCCCGGCAAGAUUCGCGAGUGAACAUCAACCCGACUUCCGUGGGAAUUCAGCCCGAACGUAGUAUCCAGUAUGACGCUCUUGAACUUAUGUACGAAGCCGAAGAAGGCAACACGUUCACCAAGGAGAAUCUAAAAUUAAUUCGAGACGCAGAAUUUGAAAUCUUUAACAAUUCAAUUUAUCAACAACGCCUUUGUCAAAUCGCAGAAUACGGUCUUUGUAAGUUCCCACUGUCAAUCAUUCGCUUUUUUGAUGGCAGUUAUAGAUCUAUUCAUAGAGAUUUAUUUGAUCCAAACUUUGAAAAUAUUACAGCAAUUCUAACCCUGGCUAACUCAAUCAACGUGACGAGGGCGAUUCUCGACUUCCAUUUAGACAAGCAAGCGGUCAUCGCAGACCCUACUAAAGGCCACAUACCAGUGAAAUCGAAAUAUACUAGAUCGUUAUUUUACAUUGGGUAUCCACUAAAGGGAUUCCACAACAUCGAAGAUCGUGUUGAUGAUCAGUGGGAAAAUGCCCAGUCAUUCGCAAGCGAGGCUUUUGCAGAACUGCUAGACAAGAAAUUCAAACAAGGGAUCGGCGACAUGAAAUUUUAUUAUUUUUUGACAGCUUUAUUUUUUAAUGCCAUUUCUCAGCAGGUUAUUUAUGAUCUUCUUCUGGCCGGUGCAAGCUUUACUUUUAUUUUCCUCUUCAUGUUAUUUCAAACUCAGUCUCUCUGGAUCACCGGCUGGGCGGUGUUUAGUAUACUUACUUGCUUCUUUGGUGCCAAUUUGAUCUAUCGUGUUCUCCUGGACUGUCGCUAUAUCGGCAUUUUCCACGUUCUUUCGGUGUUUAUAAUCCUGGGUAUUGGUGCGGACGAUGUGUUUGUAUUCAUUGACGCAUGGAAAGCUUCAGAAUCUAACUCAUUUAGGGAUCUUUCAUCAAGGCUUUCUUUUGUGUAUCGGCGAGCAGCAAGCGCCAUGUUCACGACUUCUUUCACUACAAUAGUGGCUUUCAUCACCAGUGUCUUCUCCCCCUUAUUGGGUGUGUCCACAUUCGGCAUAUUCUCAGCGCUACUAGUUUUUGUAAACUACUGCUCUGUUAUUAUUUUUUUCCCUACUGUCAUUAUAACAUAUGAAUACUACUGGAAGGACUAUCGUUGGCAUUGUUUUGGAGAUUUAAAGGCGUGGCAAGCUAUAACCUCGCGCCGGGACGACAUUGUACAGGGCGACCAGGGUGAGGAGCGGGAAGGAGAGCGAGAAAAAUUCGUGGAACCGAGCAAACAUGUUAGCGAGUUUCUGGAGGGGAGAUUCUUUGACCAUUUUAUCGGACAUCGAACAAUACGAUGGAUCACCAUGGGAAUAUUCCUGAUUUUUCUUUGUGUGUCGAUUGGAUUUGCGACACAACUUGCUCCUGACGAAGAACCGGCAAGUUAACUAUUUUUUAUGCUCUGUAAUGAUAAUUAAGAUGGCAACUUACCAUGUACAAACAAAACAUUUUAAUGAUUUUCACAGAUUUUACGGGCCGAUCUUGUUUGCUUCCAAUUAGGUAACACGGCGCGAAAAACUUUACACGCUCUCAACUUUUUUUAAACAUAUUUUUUUUCAUCCUGUUUCAGUUCAAAGGCUUUCGUUUAGCAGUUUAAAUUAAAAAAUAUUGUCAAUUUGGGACUUCUGCCUAAAUUACUUUCCGCAUCCUGUUUCAUAAAAAACUGUCCUUUUGAGACAGUUUCACAAAAAUAUCCAUUGUUGUUGACAGUAAAUUUUGUUGAUAAAGUUUUCACCUGUAAUCUCCAAGCCAAAAAAACUUCCUAAAUGAACGAAUGACAUUAACAGGUUUGAUGGCACACAAACAUGUCGUAACGCCCGAAAUUGAUGUAAGCAACUCUUGACUUUGGUUGAUCAAACGUAAUGUUUUGUUUAUUUUUUGUUUGUUUUUUUUACUACCGUGAGCAGUAACAACUUCCUUACUUCAAUCUGUUUCCAGUUGUCCAGAUUGAAAACCGAAACGUUAAUUUCAGGACGAUUAUGGCAUAAAUUAAUGAUGCUAUUUUGGCGUAUCAAGAUGGAAUUAACCAUCAAGUCAUCCAAUGCGGAGAAACAACAUGCUGUAUGUUUUGCAGUGAUUUCAUCAAGCCGACUUAGCCAAAGAUAAGCAAGCUAUUUGAAUCACACAGCUUUCUAUUUGUUGAUUUUUUCUCACGCUUAUAUUUUCCAUGCAUUUGAAAUGCAUUUUGCGAUACUAAAUGUUUGUAUUUUAUUUCCCUGAGAAAUGUUUGUAUUAUUUGCCAGUGAGACGAAGGUUGUAUCAAAAUUGGCCACAAAUCCUGUGGUCAUAAAGCCGAAAACAAUUUUACUUUGCGACAAAUUUCAGUUUUUCUGUUAAAUCAUGUGUAAUGAAGCAAAAACCUACAUUAAGCAUUGAAAUUAAAAUUAUGUAUAUGUCUUGAUAAUUAUCCAUUUAUAGAAGUACAUUUACUGUUCUCAAGACAGCUGGUCACCCUGGCAAAAACAAAAGUUAUUCCAACCCAAAUGACGAAAUUCUAUUCAUAUUUGGUAACUUUAAACCCAUCAAUCAUACUUAGGUAUCCAGGUGGUGUGUUGGAUAAAGAAGCAAAAUGUAUUAAAGGCAAAGAUAAUCGUUUUUGUAAACAAUCUCUUUUGUUAUGGUUCCAAUAGUUUUCAUGAAUUAUUCAAAUGAGCCUUUCAGUUUGUUUUCUUUUUAUCUUGACAAUUAAAUGAAGAAAACGGAAGGCUGAAUAUCAUUUACUUCUGGCUUUUAAACUCAGCCAAGUUCUUUUAUGUCAGUACUACUAAGUUUUGUUUGGUACAAAAUCGCAUUGAUCAAUGGAGCAGGCGAAGCAACGGAGUGAUAUUAGAAGAACUUAGCAAUUUAUACUGAGUUACCAUGAAGCUUUUUUUUUGGGGGGGGGGGGUGGCUGGUGGAAGGUCAUGUGACUGUUUUCAUUGUGUAACUCAUUAUUUUCCCUGUUUAGGUGGACGUUUGGGGACCAGGCACCAACUGGUACAAUAUAAAGCUCUUAAGACGCUCAGCAUUUCGGCCAAGUCAGGAAGAUGACGUUGUUGAAGUUAACAUCAUUUGGGGACUAAAGAAACAAGAUCGCAGUUCCUGUCACUUUACAGAUUUCAAAUGUAAAGGAAGGACUGUAUUUGAUACCACCUUUGAUCUCAAUCCCAAAGAAUGUCAAGAAGCCUUGCUGGUAAGUUAAAGGCAACUUUUCCUACCACUUGAAUUUGAAGAAGCUAAAUUUAUAUCAAAUGCAAGGCUGAUCAAACGAAAGUAAAAUAUCCCUCCAUGGCUAAUCGAUCAGUCUUGCAUUUAGUUAAAAGCUUUAUUCUAAAUCAGAUGAUCCUGGUCUACACCAAGAUCCAGAUUCUCUUCGCUAGUCCGGCGCUACUGCUUUUCCGAGUGGUCCUCGCAAGAUUUUACUCAACUGAAGAAACGGUUACUAAAGCGGGGAGGCGCAGAACUGGAAACUAAAAAAAUGGAAACAAAACAGAGAAUUGGAAAUGAAGUCACUGACCUCACUGAUAGGGCUAGGGUUCAUUAGCUAGGUUUUCUUCUCAUUUUUCAUUUCCCUAUUCCGAGUUCUCAUUCCCUGCUCCUUGUUCCCCGUUUUAAUAACGUGCCUGAAGAAACUAAUGAUUUAGUUGGGGUUUUUUUCUGCGCCCCACCCCAGCUCUCAUUUAGCAGAAGUGUGAAUAACAAGCUGACCAAUAAUUAACAUAACAAGCUAAAUUUUUAAUCUUCUGCCAACUUCGAAGGAUUUUUGCCAAGAAUUGAGAAGUUUGCCAGACCACCAAAUCAGCAACCUGAGAAUUCGACGCAAUGCUGUCAACGGAGAGCCAGAAAUUCAAUGUUUUAUGGAGAAACUGAAAGAUUAUCUGCAGGUAAACAUCAGUUUCAUUCUCUUAAAAGUCGAAAAUGUUAGUCCAGCCUCGCAUAUAGUCAAGACCGACCGAUUGACAAGGAGUCUUUUUUAGACAGUUUUCCAUGUUCUCUUACUCAUAUUAUUGGUGGGGAAUUGGAGGGUGUAGCCAUGGUAACAUCAUAAGGAAGAUACAGGGAAAAAAUUGUGGGUGAGAAAGAAAAAGCAGUGAAAGAGGAAGCCGAGAAAACAAUGUAGUCGCUGUAAAAAUCGUAACAGAUCAGGAAUAAGUAAGCUUAAUUAGUAGUCUACUUUAACAUACUCUCGUUGUUGUUAAAUGGAAGCAUUCAGUGUGGCGCAGUGGUAAAAACAAUCUUUUCGUAGAAAUGUGGAAUGUAAUUCGUACAUCUUGAUGUUUGUAUAAGGGUUGAGUUUAUUUUUGUUAACCACGGCAGGAUUAGCUCAGUCGGUAGAGUGCUUGACUGCAGCGGAAGAUCGCGGGUUCGAUUGCCGGGGCCGGACCAAUACUCAGAGUCUUAAAAUAACUGGCCUUCGCGUGGCUCGGAUGACCACGUAAAAUGGCAGUCCUGUCUCCAGUUGGAGACUUAAAAAUAGUGUCCCCAAUUAGUACUUUCGUGCUAAAUACCUUGACACUAAAAGAAAGUGCAUUUUUUUCCUUUUUUGUGUGUGUGUUGCCCUUUCGUUGUCCCGCAAGUUUUCCCUCUUUUCUUUAAAAACAAACAUUUCCAAAUUCCUGUUCGACCUGUAACGCAAGAACAUUUGUUUAGCGACUCUUUAUUUACUUUGUUGGUGAUAAAUUAAUAAUUAUGUAUUUUUUGUGUGUGCUCCUUCAUACGUUAUUUCAUUGAUUUUAACCAUAUUUUACUUUACAGACAGAAGCCAGUAAGCCAAAAUAUGCCAAUACCACUUCUCCCACAGUGCCUUCUGAUGAAGAGGACGCACGUCUACUAAUGGCGCGAAACCCGCAGCUUUUUAACAUCACACUCGUGGGUAACAAGUACAACAGAUACUUUGAAGUGAUGCUGGGAUACUGGUUAACAAAUGCCAAUCAAUCUCUGACGUCAGAUGAUUAUCACACCUACGGUGCCCUGCUGGGUGGGUCAAUGGACCCCACCGACCCCUCCAAAAUGCCAAACUAUCAAGGUCAACGCGUAACUUCUUAUACUAGUUAUUAAGAGAAAAUAAACACUGAUUAACAAUAAGUUACUGUUCUUUGAUUCAAUGACCUUGAACUGCGCAGUUACGGUUGAUCAGGCCGUAAGUGCAAUUCGCAGUCAACCAGCAUCGGAGGUAAAUUAGCAUUAUAUCCUCGGUAGUUGCCAUAACACCUCAUAUGCUCUGUUUGUAGUUAAAGCGGGAUUAAAGCUAGUCCAAACAUUGUCACAAUUUUUUUAGGUAUUACUUUGCUGACGAAAUCAUACAAAUAUUGAUACUAUGUAGAAUUGGAACUCUCCCGCAGGUGGCAAGUAUGGAAACAGAUUAUUAUUCGCUUCAAUUGCUGUAAACACCACCAUGGUACUCAGCAAGACAGGACAAACAGAAGGUCUGAAAGUUUAUGAUCACUGGGAAAAGUUUGUUCGGCAAAGGGUAUGUACCAUUGAUUUGGCUUGUCGGUCUUUACUGGUCGGUAGAAAAAAGUUUUCUUCCUUAAUUUGCAACAAAAUCAUGAAAAAUGAUCCCCGAAACACUGUCAAUUGAAACGUAAACAAACUCCAAGUAAGUUACGUCUUUUGUUUACAAAAAGUUCCUUUUUUAAUUUUUAUCCUCUGAUUUGGUAAAUACUAAAACAACUAUCCCCCUCAGGAUCGGUUCAUAGCGCGAGAUAUAUACACCACUAUUCAACUCCCCUUAGGUGGAUAGUUGUAUAAUAUUCCUACAUAGUUGAAAUAGAGUCCAUUGAGUUAUAUACAGCACGUAAUUUACACAUGUAUCGGGCACAUAUAUUUCGCGCACUUAAUUUUUUUGUACAUGAUAUGCCGACCACCAAACAGAUCUAUUGAAAUCUUAAAUUCAAUAUUCUUUCUAACCGAACAUUUUGUAUUCUUAUAUGUUUACCCAGAUUGCGAAGAUGCCUGCCUCAUGUAACAAUGCAUUUCAAGCCACUCCCAAUGGUCAUAACGCUUGGCAUUGGCUCAAAGUCAAAAAGGUUCGUAGUGAUUUAACUUGAGAACGUUUCUCUACAAAAAUCAGUCAACCAAUCCUUAAAAGAGCUUGAGAACGUUUCUCUACAAAAAUCAGUCAACCAAUCCUUAAAAGAGGGCUGGCCAGAAAACGCACUUUGCCGAGGGUUUUUAGAUUACCUCUUAUGGCAUUUAAAAUGUUUUCUUACUGGGUUGGUUGCACUAGAAAUGUGGAAAAGGGAGACCAAGUAAAAUGUAGCAUUGAAACAGUUUAUUUUUUAAAAACACCAAAAAGUUUUGAUAAAAGAAAGACGUCAUUUUGCUCACAUCACUGAGUCGUCUUCCCUUCAUUUUUAUUCUCUCACCAGGUCCUCGCGUCCACUGCAGUGCGAGGUAUCCUAUUGGGACUGGGACUGGCCAUCUCGUUGCUGGUAUUUAUGACGUCAAACUGGAUAGUGGGUCUGCUGUGCGGAGCCAUUAUUUCAUGCAUCACUGUGGGUGUAGUUGGAGUCAUACCACUAGCUGGGUGGAAGCUGGGAGUCCUCGAGUCUCUAAAUCUUACGCUGGUAGUCGGACUUGCUGUUGACUACGUAGUUCACCUUGCUGACGGUUAUGUGCGAUCCCAGAAACAAUCGCGCAGGGACAAAGUCCGUGAAACUUUAAGUCACGUGGGUAUUUCGGUGCUUUCUGGCGCUAGUACCACUCUGGGAGCCUCUGUAUUCAUGUUAGCUGCUAAAAUCCUCUUCUUCUUUCAGUUCGGCAUUUUCAUGUUUUGUACUAUCGGUCUUUCAAUCAUUUACGCUUUAAUCCUUUUCACUACCACACUGGGGAUCUUUGGUCCUGAAGGAAACACAGGAUCACUGGAGCCAUUCUAUGAUUGGUGCAAGAGAAAGGUUGGGGAGCCUGUGGAAGAGGAGAUUCCUUGCGAAGAAAUGGCUGGUCCUAGUUGCCGAUCUCCCUCCGAGAGUCCAACAAUUAAGGCCACGCUUUUAUGACAGCUGCUAAAUACAUGACUGCGUAAAAUUUUCUUCAGAACAGGAGCACUGAGUUAAUCUUUGAAAUCUUGCCUUGCUCUUGUAAAAAAAUCCUCAUAACAUAGAUUAGAGUAGUAUGGUGUCUAGAGUGAGUGAAUAACUCCAAUAGGAAAUAAUGGAACCCAAGAAACCUGUUGUAUGGAACGCAAUGAGUUACAUAUCAAACAGUUUAGUGAGGUGAAAGUACCAUAUGAUAGGAUAAAUUUAAAAACUAAGAGUAACUAUCUCUUGAGGCCUACAGAGUCGCUCCCUUACUACUUUGAGCUAUGUCAUUGGUUUCACAACCGUAAAAAGUUUCGCGUUGUUACUAAUUUGGUCAAGUAUUACAAUGAAAAUGAAAUUAUUACCUAAACAAAACUGAAACCAAACAAACAAGACAGAAAAUAAACGCGAGUUUACAAACUCUCAGUUAUUCCAUGGAUACCAAAAGGGAACAUUGUAACAUUAUGCAAUCACAGCCAACCGCACCCCUCCCCCCUCCCUUCCCUGUUUUCAAUACAAACAACAAGACUGGAAUAAAACUAUCCAAAGAUUUUUCUGAAGGAAAAGAUUGUUUAUGAACAUUUACUCUGCAGCGAAAAGUGUGUGGAAUGGAAAAGAUGGGGCAAUUACCAUGAGGAUAAAAUGAUAAUAACCAAGUUUGUCAAUAGUUUGGAAUAAAGUGUAUAAAAGUACAAGCUAUUUUUAAGCCAAAAUCGUUCUAAAAAUAAACCGGUCUCUGAAAACGCCAUGACAUUCGCUUUAGGUUAUGGGCUCCUAGAAGCACAAAGAGAACGUAGAAAAGAUGUUUACAACUUUGAACCAAGGUGAAGAAAUAGUAUAGAGUAAAAGGUAAUUAUAAUCUGAAUAUAAUGUAGCUUCUACCGUAUUCUCAAAGAGUUUUGAAGGUGUUCAGCA